AUGGUUAGAGAAGGCGAGUCCAGUACAAAGUGUUCCCAAUCGGUCAGUAACCCUUUACCAGAUUUGGAUUGGUCAGAUUUUAGUGGGUAUAUUCCUAAAGAUAUAUUUGUGCUUGGUAAUGAAAUACCAAAAGAAUUUCUGCCCAAAGAAUCUCAAGAGGGUGACGAAUUAGAUGUUGUAGUGGUUGAGGUCUAUGACCCGUCAAAAUUUUGGAUUUAUUUUGGUACAUCCGAUCAAAAAACUCCAUUAGACAUUCUCAUGGAUGAUAUUCAAGAUUUCUAUAAUGAUGAAGACAAUCAAAAAACUUAUGGGGUUCCACCAGGAUUAAUACAGGAGGGUCUCUAUUGUGUCCAAAUUAUUUAUGGAGAAUAUCACCGAGCCAAAAUUAUUAAAGUGUUACCGAAUACCAAGGACCUAGUUAAAGUAUGUAAAAAAUUAUAA